AUGUGGGGGUCUAUGUGGGGGUCUAUGUGGGAGGCAUGUGGGGGUCUAUGUGGGAGGCAUGUGGGGGUCUAUGUGGGAGGCAUGUGGGGGUCUAUGUGGGAGAGAUGUGGGGGUCUAUGUGGGAGGCAAGUGGGGGUCUAUGUGGGAGGCAUGUGGGGGUCUAUGUGGGAGGCAUGUGGGGGUCUAUGUGGGAGGCAUGUGGGGGUCUAUGUGGGAGGCAUGUGGGGGGUCUAUGUGGGGGGUCUAUGUGGGAGGCAUGUGGGGGUCUAUGUGGGAGACAUGUGGGGGUCUAUGUGGGAGGCAUGUGGGGGUCUAUGUGGGAGGCAUGUGGGGGUCUAUGUGGGAGGCAUGUGGGGGGUCUAUGUGGGGGGUCUAUGUGGGAGGCAUGUGGGGGUCUAUGUGGGAGACAUGUGGGGGUCUAUGUGGGAGGCAUGUGGGGGUCUAUGUGGGAGGCAUGUGGGGGUCUAUGUGGGAGGCAUGUGGGGGUCUAUGUGGGAGGCAUGUGGGGGUCUAUGUGGGGGGUCUAUGUGGGAGGCAUGUGGGGGUCUAUGUGGGAGGCAUGUGGGGGUCUAUGUGGGAGGCAUGUGGGGGUGUAUGUGGGGGGUCUAUGUGGGAGGCAUGUGGGGGUCUAUGUGGGAGGCAUGUGGGGGUCUAUGUGGGGGUCAAUGUGGGAGGCAUGUGGGGGUCUAUGUGGGGGUCUAUGUGGGAGGCAUGUGGGGGUCUGUGUGGGAGGCAUGUGGGGGUCUAUGUGGGAGGCAUGUGGGGGUCUAUGUGGGAGGCAUGUGGGGGUCUAUGUGGGAGGCAAGUGGGGGUCUAUGUGGGAGGCAUGUGGGGGUCUAUGUGGGAGACAUGUGGGGGUCUAUGUGGGAGGCAUGUGGGGGUCUAUGUGGGAGAGAUGUGGGGGUCUAUGUAGGAGGCAUUCGGGGACCCAUGUGGGGACUGUGCGAGGAAUGUGAGGGUCUAUGUGGGAGGCAUGUUGAGGCUAUGUGGGAGGCAUUUUGA